GGUAUCCCUCGAUAACUCGGUGGCUAAUGGGACUGUUUAUUUGGAGAGUGGGAGUGACCGAAGGCAUGAGCGGAAGGUUAUAAAUUAACGGAGGUAGACCAUAGUUGUUCGGGAUUGGAGUGGAAAGGAAAUGGCUUAAGUAAAAUAAAAAAUAUUUAAAAAAAAUACAUAUAUAUAUAAAAAAAAUUAAAAAAUAAACAACAGCUCUUCAAGUGAAGCAUACACGAAGUUUAAGGUUUUAUUUCCCCCUCCGUGAACCUCAGCCAUUAGCAGGACGUCAACCAUGAACAGCAGUGGCCCCGGGUACCCCCUCGCCUCUCUCUACGUUGGAGACCUGCACGCUGAUGUCACAGAAGCCAUGCUGUACCAGAAGUUCUCUCCAGCUGGACCAAUCAUGUCGAUCAGAGUUUGUCGUGACAUCAUUACCCGAAGAUCGCUGGGAUACGCCUACAUCAACUUCCAGCAGCCAGCGGAUGCUGAAUGCGCUUUGGACACAAUGAAUUAUGAAGUCAUUAAAGGCAGGCCGAUCCGAAUAAUGUGGUCGCAGCGUGAUCCAGGUCUGCGGAAGUCUGGAGUUGGGAAUAUCUUCAUUAAGAAUAUGGAUGAGUCCAUAGACAACAAGGCUUUGUAUGAUACAUUCUCUGCCUUUGGGAACAUCUUGUCUUGCAAGGUAGUGUGUGAUGAAAAUGGAUCCAAAGGGUAUGGUUUUGUUCAUUUUGAAACGCACGAAGCAGCGAACAGAGCCAUUGAAACUAUGAAUGGAAUGCUGCUCAAUGAUCGUAAAGUUUUCGUGGGCCACUUUAAAUCCCGAAGGGAGCGGGAAGCAGAGUUUGGUGCGAAAGCCAUGGAAUUCACCAACGUGUAUAUCAAGAACUUUGGGGAGGAUGUGAACGAUGAGAAGCUGAGGGAAGUGUUUUCUGAAUACGGAAGGACCUUGAGUGUGAGGGUGAUGGUGGAUGAGAUGGGUCGUUCCAGGGGCUUUGGGUUUGUUAAUUAUGAGAAUCAUGAGGAAGCACAGAAGGCUGUGGAGGGGAUGAAUGGAAAGGAACUGAAUGGGCGGAUUAUUUAUGUGGGCCGAGCUCAGAAGAGGCUGGAGCGACAGGGUGAGCUGAAGCGUAAGUUUGAUCAGAUCAAGCAGGAGAGGAUUCAUCGAUACCAGGGUGUUAACCUCUACGUGAAGAAUCUUGAUGAUGGAAUCGAUGACGAAAGACUGAGGAAAGAGUUUGCUCCCUACGGUACUAUCACGAGUGCAAAGGUGAUGACAGACGUAGGGCACAGUAAAGGGUUUGGAUUCGUCUGCUUUUCCUCUCCUGAGGAGGCGACAAAGGCCGUCACGGAAAUGAACGGACGCAUCAUCAGCGCGAAGCCGCUCUACGUGGCCCUGGCCCAGCGAAAGGAGGAACGGAAAGCCAUCCUGACCAACCAGUACAUGCAGAGACUGGCCAGCGUCCGAGCAAUGCCCGGGCCGGUCGUGGGGUCCUACCAGUCUUCAGGAUACUUCAUGUCUGCUGUUCCUCAGCCUCAGAACAGGACUUUCUACGCUCCGAAUACAGUAACUCCUCUCAGACCUGCUCCUCGCUGGACCUCGCAGCCUCCCAGACCUCAAGCAGCUUAUCAAACAGCUCCUCCGUUCUUAAGGUCUGCAGUUCCCAGGCGCCCUUCCACCCCAAUCAGCACAAUGCGGCAGGCAUCCACCCAGGAGCCUGGUGUAAUGAGCAACAUGCAGAGAAUGGCUAAUAUAGGUACCCAGACAGCCGGCGGUCGCACUGCAAUGCCUGCCCCAGUGGUCCGAGGUAUGAACCAGUACAAGUAUUCCACUGGAGUCAGGAAUGUUCAGCCAGUCUUUACAAUGACUCAGCCGCUUGCUGUGCAGCAGGUAAUGGAGUCAGCUGUUCACAUGCGAGGACAGGAGCCCCUCACUGCGUCCAUGCUGGCCUCUGCACCCCUGCAGGAGCAGAAGCAGAUGCUGGGGGAGCGGCUCUACCCUCUGAUCCAUGCAAUGCACCCGGCCCUGGCUGGCAAAAUCACAGGGAUGCUGCUGGAGAUAGAUAACUCGGAGCUGCUGCACAUGCUAGAGUCUCCGGAGUCUCUUCACACCAAGGUGGAGGAGGCAGUGGCUGUACUCCAGGCACACCAGGCUAAAGACAUUUCCCCGAAGAAAUAGUGUGCAGUCCAGGAAUUUGCUACCUUUGGAAAAAGAUGCUUCACUGAAGAAAAAAGCACCAAAAAAAAAAUAGUAAAAAUAAAAACCUACAAAAUUGAACUAGUCUUGCAAGCAGUGUGUUUAGUUAACAACCUGGAUCGUUUGAAAGGCAAAUGAUUCUCAAAACGAAAAUGCUGUUUACAAGAGCAGGUGUGUUAAGUUUGUGCAAACUGGUUUUGUUCCUGCAGAAAAAUGUGAGUUGGCAGAACACUUUGUUCUGGUUUUUGUUUUGUUG